UUGAUAAAACACUAUCUGGGAGAUUUGAAUGGUACUUUAUAGUUUACUAGUAUGCUGUAAAUUCUUACAUUAGAGACCCAUGAUGUGAAAUUUACAAUCUUGAAUUCUCUGUCUUUUGGGUAUGAUUGCUCAUUAGGGUUUGGUGAGGUUGAUUAUAUCAGCAAAAUUUGGAUGGAGUGCGUGGUUCAGGGAAUCAUAGAAACACAGCAUGUUGAAGCCCUUGAGAUUCUUCUUCAGGGUCUUUGUGGUGUUCGCAGAGAACCUUUGAGGGUCCAUGAGAUAUGCCUUAAAAGUGGCCCAAACUUAGGAGCUGUACCUUCUGAGGUUCGACUUAUUUGCAAUCUUGAACAAACUGAACCUACAUGGACUGUGAGGUUCGUUGGGGGUGCGAUGAGAGGUGCAGGUGCUGAGCAACUCUCAGUUUUAGUAAGAACUGUGAUCGAAAGCAAAGCAAGCAAGAAUGUGCUUCGCUUAUUUUAUGCACUUGGCUACAAGUUGGAUCAUGAGUUACUGAGGGUCGGGUUUGCGUUCCAUUUCCAGAGAGGCACACAGAUGACUGUGACUGUGUCAUCAGUUAAUAAGAUGCCACAACUACACAAUCCAGAUGAAGCUGUCCCAGUAACUCCCGGGAUACAGUUGGUUGAAGUUACAGCCCCUGCAUCAUCUGAAACUUAUACUGAAGUUGCGUUGGCAGUGUCAUCAUUUUGCGAAUAUCUUGCACCGUAAGUUUAGUUUAUUUAU